AUGGUUGCCUUUCCCAACACCAAGCUCGCUGCACUUAGUGUGCUAGGCCUCAUCAGCUCCGCUUCCGCUGGUAUCCAACUCAAUGCCUAUACUGACGGCGGAUGCUCCAACUACGCUGGCCAGUUUAAUCAGCCCUCAAACGGAGUUUUGACCAAUUGGGCUGUUUCGGGUUCCAAUAGCGCCAACAUCGCAAACUGUGACGGUUACACUUGGUGUGAUUGUUACUGGUGGACAGGACCCAACGCCUCUGGAAACAUGGGAUACACUGCUUAUGGAAGUAACAACUGCGCGUCUGCAUGGGGUUCUGGAUGGAGAUCUGUUAGCUGCACCUAUGGAUACAACGGACGCCGCGGGAAACGCGUUACUGCUGGAACUUAUGAAGCCAACCUGUAG